UAAACCAGAGACAGUUCGUUGACAGUGCAUUUGGCGGGAAAUCUAUUCGUUGUGUUUUCUGUCCAUUUUCGAUUGGAUAUAAUCAUUCAAAAUGCCUAUUCUUGUCAAAAUCCCUUCCAAAGACAGUGGCGUCCCAGAGUGGGCUAUCGUUGAAGUGCAAGGUGAUCUAGAAGUGCGAAGCGAUCAAGUCAUGGACGGCCAAUUCGUAGGAGAUCUUUGCUACAAUAAAUACGGACAACCUAUCUUUAUCAUUGGUCAUCACAUCCUACAGGGCCGUGAACAACCAAUGGAGAAACCUUUCGCAGUUCUUCAAAAAUCUCGGACCAACGAAGGCGAGAAUUUGGAUGUAACAUCACAACUCGAUUCAACGAUAAUGAGCACAGCAGGGGAUCAGACUAUUCUUGAUUCAACCGUGGCCAUUGAGAAUAAAUCAAAACAACGCACACAGUACACAGUGAGGGCGAUAGUGACUCGAAAAUUAAUUUUUAAAUCCAGACCUAAACCGAUCAUCGCGAAUGUUGCGAAGCAUGUUUAGUUCAGGGUAGGAGAAGGGGAGGAUUUUUAAGAUAGAAAGGAGUUUCAAAUGCACUAAAAUUUGCAGCAAGGAUAAAGCUGCAUAAAGCCUGCAUGGAUAAGCUUCGUAUUCAACAAUGUUAUAUUAAAACCCAAUAUUAGUUAAUGUAAAUUUUAGGCAACAUUUAUUGUUCCAAAAAAAUAUAUUAUCAUAGUCAAUCGCUUAAAAUACAAAAUA